GACGCAAGAUGGCGGCGCCCAGCGAAGUGGAGGCCGCGCCUGGGGUUUGCAGAGGUUGACUCCCUCUCCCACUCUCCCCUUUGGGUGCAAAGCGCCGCGAACGGGAGGACAGGGGCCGGGCGGGGACAGGGGGCACCUGCGUGGCUGGAUUGCGCCCAGCCUGCGCCGCCCCCUCCCGGCCCCGGCCCCGGCCCGGCCCAAUCCCAUCCCAUCCGUUCCCGGUCUCCUUCGCUGACCCGCUGCCCGGCCGUGGUACGCCACACGCGGCCUCCAAGGCUAGGGUGUCUUCUCCAGCCCGGCUCGCCUUCCCUACGGAGAUGCCUGGUGUCUUCCCUCUCAGCCAGCCCGCCCUCCACCCCGGGACUCUUGGACCGACACCUGACACCCUUUCCCUCUCCUGACUCUACUUAGCUGCACCCUCUUCGUCAAGUUCUUGGUUCCCUCUGAGUCAGACUGCUUACCCGCCCUCCACAUCUUUGACCCUCUUCCCCCCUCAAGUGUUAACAACCUUGACAACGUUCUCAAGCCGAGGAGACAGAUUUCUUUCAGGACUAACUUUGCUAGCCCAAUCAUGGAGGCUGUGUACCUGGUGGUGAACGGGGUGGGCCUGGUCCUGGACGUGCUGACAUUGGUGUUGGACCUCAACUUUCUGCUGGUGUCCUCCCUCUUGGCCACCCUGGCCUGGCUCCUGGCCUUCAUCUACAACCUGCCGCACACGGUACUGACCAGCCUUCUGCACUUGGGCCGCGGUGUCCUGCUGUCGCUGUUGGCCUUGUUUGAGACCUUGGUCCGGUUCACCUCUGGGGGUUUACAGGCAUUGUGUACACUGCUCUACAGCUGCUAUUCUGGCUUGGAGAGCCUAAAGCUCUUGGGACACCUGGCCUCUCACGGGGCGCUGCGGAGCCGGGAGUUGCUGCAUCGGGGUGUCCUCAAUGUGGUGUCCAGUGGGCACGCUCUGCUGCGCCAGGCCUGUGAUGUCUGCGCCAUUGCCAUGAGCCUGGUGGCCUAUGUGAUCAACAGUCUGGUCAACAUUUGCCUCAUUGGCACGCAGAACCUCUUCUCCCUGGUGCUGGUCCUGUGGGAUGCAGUCACGGGCCCUUUGUGGAGGAUGACGGAUGUGGUGGCCACCUUCUUGGCCCACAUUUCUAGCAGUGCUGUGGCCAUGGCCAUCCUCCUGUGGACACCCUGUCAGCUAGCGCUGGAGCUUCUGGCCUCAUCCGCCCGCCUCCUGGCCAGCUUUGUGCUUGUCCAUCUUACGGGUCUGGUGUUGCUGGCUUGUGUACUAGCGGUGACCGUGACUGUGUUGCACCCAGACCUCAUUGUGAGGCUGGCCACCCGAGCUCUCGGUCAGCUGCAAGCCCGGCCAUCCUACCACCGGCUCCGGGAGGAUGUUAUGCGGCUCUCUCGCCUGGCACUGGGCUUGGAGGCAUGGCGUCGAGUCUGGAGUCGCAGCCUGCAGCUAGCAAGCUGGCCAAACCGGGCAGGGGCACCUGGAGCCCCCCAUGGUGGCCCCCGUAGGGCGUUGGCCCGGCCCCGAGCACAGGAUCCUCUACCCGAAGCUGGGCUCCAAUUAGAGCCCACAGAGGAGGACUCAGAGGAGGUGAGGAGCGUCAGAGUGACACCCACCUGGGGCCGGGAGCAGCUCAAUGAAGAGGAGCCUACAGCCGGGCAAGACCCCUGGAAGCUGCUAAAGGAACAAGAGGAGCGGAAGAAGUGUGUCAUCUGCCAGGACCAAAGCAAGACGGUGCUGCUGCUGCCCUGCCGGCACCUGUGCCUAUGCCAGGCCUGCACUGAGAUCCUCAUGCGCCACCCUGUCUACCACCGCAAUUGCCCGCUCUGCCGCCGGGGCAUCCUGCAGACCCUCAAUGUCUACCUCUGAAGACUGCCACCUUGCCUGCCCACCCCUCCACUCUCCACGCUCCACACAGGCGUCUGCGCUAGAGCAGCAUCCCCACAUCUCCAGAUCCUCGCCUGAAUUCCUGCUGUCCUCCCCGUGGCUGACUUACCAAGAGCCUCCAAGCCAUACACCAAGAUGGGAGAUGCUCGGCGGUUUGCGAUCUGGGGGCCUUGGUGGGGGGUGGUGGCGCGGGGCUGCAUGGCUUCUUCCCCAGGCAGGACUUUGCCCAGGGUGGUGAGUGCAUCACUAUGCAAGGGCCCUAGGACUGGGCAGUGCAGUGGGCUCUGCACCAGCUUGCCUGGGGCCCACCCAGAUUCCAGCCCCUGUGGCUGCCCAUCUGCCUCUGGGCUUCCUGUUGGGGGUUUGUAGGUCCUUUCCCUGCUUCCUUUCCACCCGUACCCCCAGCUUCUGCAGCCUCGAUCAGUGUCAUUUGGGUGUUUUGGCAACUCACAGGUUCUCGAAUCUGUGUCUGGCCCCAGCCCCAGUACCCUGGGAAGGUUUGGGGGUGGCAUCUCAGGGGCCUUUGGGGCUGUUUGUCCCUAUCAUGAUCCUGUGAGGCUCCCUCCUGACCUGGUGGAAAGGCCUGGCUCGGGAGUUGAGUUGGGAAUUGAGUCCAUGUGUGCGCCUCCUGGCUUUGGGACCACCGCCCUCGGGCACGCCAGCUUUGCUGGGUGCCUCAGGAGGGCUGACCAGAUUUCUACAUUUCUAUUCAUUCCUUGUUCCCCUCUCACUCCCCACGUCGGAGAAGGCUGGCAAUUUGCCUUUGACUGUUCCUCUGCAGUGCUGGGGGUGGUGGGCAGUGGAGGGUGCAGACUGCUUUUCAUUAGGUUCAGACACAUAAACAGCUGUUUCAGAAGCAGCUCCCCGAGGGGUCUGGCCGGCCCAGUUUCCAAUAAAUAAUGUUCUGUUGACAGUU